AUGUCGGGUGCCGACAAAGCGCGAUUCUACCUCGAACAGUCUGUUCCUGAGCUGCACGAGCUGGAACGGAAGGAGCUGUUCUCCAGGGAUGAAAUCACCGCCAUUGCGAAGAAGAGGAGCGAAUUCGAGCACAUUGUCAACGGCCGCGGAACCGCUUCACCUUCCGAUUUUGCACGCUACGCCGAGUACGAGAUGAACCUGGAGUCCCUACGGAAGAAGAGAGCGAAGCGCAUGGGAGUGAAGGCAGGCGGUCACAGCGGCCAGCGCCGUAUCAUGUUCAUCCUGGAUCGCGCUACAAGAAAGUUUCACGGCGAUAUCGCUCUCUGGUUCCAGUACCUCAGCUACCUGCGCUCGCAGAAAUCCACUGGCAAAAAGAUGAAGGAGGUCCUCACAUCCGUGCUUCGCAUGCACCCGACAAAGCCAGAUCUGUGGGUGUGGGGUGCUCGCACCGCCUUGGACGCCGAUGCCGACAUGACGAGCGCAAGAGCAUACAUGCAGCGUGGAUUGAGGUUCUGCAAGAACUCCAGGCAGCUUUGGUUGGAGUAUGCGAAGCUGGAGAUGAUUUACGUCGCAAAGAUUGCCGCUCGGAGACAGAUCUUGGGACUUGACCAAGAGCGGAAGAAAAAAGAGGACGCUGCCGAGGACCCAGACGCAGAUAUGAUCGCACUGCCCGACAUCACAGCGGAGGACAUCAACCCCAGCUUGGCCAAGGAUGAUGGUGUCGACGAGGUGGCCUUGCAAAACCUUGCCAAUACGCCCGUCCUCCAGGGUGCCAUCCCGCGGGCCAUCUUUGAUGAGGCGAUGAAGCAGUUCCAGAACGAUCCCAAGCUGGCCGAACAAUUCUUCGACAUGUUCGCAGAAUUCAACAAAACGCCAUGCACCAAGACUCUACUUCAGUACAUUGUGGACACACUAAACAAGAGGAAUCCGACUGCCCUGUCAACCCAGAUUUGCAACUUCAAGCUACCUUUGUUCGGCCUGGAAACAACCUCCCCAGAGUUCCCGAGCGCGCUUGGCAAAUGCCUCCAGAGCAUCAAGGCAUCUCUGCAGCAGUCCCAACAGACGAAGCAUCAGCUGGCUGAGCAGGCUAUCAUGUGGAUUCUACCUAUCCUACAAGCGGAAGACCUGGAUGACGGACUGCGCAAGGUUCUGUCCGCCUCCCUUCGCCAGUAUGUCCGCUCUUUGCAGAGCGAAGACCAGCUGGCCGGUGCCGUCGCUGCGUUGCAGCAAGCAAACCGAACAGAAGACGCGCGCACUCUCGUGGAAUGCUGGUCGAGACAGUGGCCUGGCAGCGAACGCCUGCUUCAGGCUCAGGCAUCAUUGGCUGUGUGA